GGUCGGUGGGCGGGAAACCAUCCAUCCCUACCGGGCGAGCAGCAGCGGGCGCGAGUGUGUGGAAACGGCGCCGCCGGCGAGGAAAGAGUCAUGGGCAACGCUGUGGCUCGAGAGGAUUUCGAGUGGGUUUAUACGGACCAGCCGCACGCGGACCGGCGCAAGGAGAUCCUGAGUAAACACCCAGAAAUAAAAACUUUGAUGAAACCAGACUACAACUUGAUCUGGAUAGUUACACUGAUGGUGCUUGCACAGCUAGUUGCUCUUUACCUAGUUAAAGAUUUGGAGUGGAAAUGGGUUAUAUUUUGGUCAUAUGUGUUUGGCAGUUGUCUUGAUCAUUCUAUGACUCUGGCUAUUCAUGAGAUUGCCCACAACAGUGCCUUUGGCAAUUGUAAACCUCUGUGGAAUCGAUGGUUUGGAAUGUUUGCCAAUCUUGUAUUUGGCAUCCCAUACUCUGUAUCCUUCAAGAGAUAUCACAUGGAUCACCAUCGUUAUCUUGGCGGUGAAGGAGUUGAUGUGGACAUUCCUCUUCCCAUUGAAGGAUGGUUUUUCUGUACUCGUUUUCGAAAGUUCCUUUGGGUUAUUUUUCAGCACUUCCUCUUUGUUAUUCGGCCUCUUUUUAUUAAUCCCAAACCAAUCUCUCGACUUGAAAUAAUGAAUUUGUCAAUUCAGUUUCUCUUCGAUGUUAUGGUAUACUAUGUCUUUGGAGUAAAAGCACUUGUCUACCUGAUAACAGGAUCUCUGCUUGGGCUAGGCUUGCACCCUAUUUCAGGACACUUCAUAGCCGAACAUUACAUGUUUUUAAAGGGAUAUGAAACAUAUUCCUACUAUGGUCCGCUUAAUAAGCUUACGUUCAAUGUUGGCUACCAUAAUGAACACCAUGACUUCCCUAAUGUUCCUGGAAAAAAUCUUCCACUGCUGAAGAAAAUGGCCUCUGAAUACUAUGAUCAUCUGCCACAGUAUAACUCCUGGACAAAAGUGCUUUAUGACUUUGUGAUGGAUGACACUAUCAGCCCCUAUUCGCGAGUGAAAAGGCAUUUAAAAGGUGAAGUGAUACUGGAGUGAAAAAAGCCCCACUUCCGUAAACACCAAAAACAGCCUAGUAGCUGGUGGAAGGUUUUGUUUGAUCAAGAUGAAUUUGCUUUGUAUCUUGAUCUGGUUUGAACUAUGAAUAUAUGAGUACAAUCUAGAACAGGAUCUCUAAAACUAAACGUUCUCGUGUUCUUUUGCCAUAUAACUAUCUUUCAUGAUGUGUUUUAGUAGCUGUUGACUUGAACAUUGGUUUGUUAUUGUAAGCAUUUUAUCUUACAUGCAGCAUAUGUACUUGUUCAGUUUUUUACACUUGCUGCCCAAGACACUAGCCUUUGCUGACAAACCUUCCAAAUUAACUUCUUUUAAUACCCCAGAAUUGUUUUAAUUAUUGUAGUAGCUGACCAAAAUGGCUGGCUACAACUCCUCCUAUAUUGAGUUAUGUCUUGCUCAAUCCAAGUGCUAACCUAAUUGAUGGAUUUACAACUGUUGCUGUAAAGUAUAUACCCGGUGAAUAAGGCUAGUGUUUGUGUAAUUUCAAAACACAUGGAUAUGAUUAUCAUGGAUAUGAUCUCCUGCAGCAGGCCCAUUUCCCAGAAAACAUCUGCAUUCCUUUUUUAAUGCAUCUGUACAUAAGAGCUAUGCCCUGCCAUCAAAUUAAUGCUUCUUUGGAAACAGACUAGAACUCUUGAAGUUUAGAAACAGAAUAGUGGCCACAGUAGUGGAGCCUACGUGUGUCCCAGUAACCAUCUUGUGCUCUCUUAGCUGGGGCAAGAGCUGGAGUGUCAGAUGUUGACAGCAGGUAGCAAGUUUAUAAAAGGUAUAGAACAUCGACUGUGUGAAUGUUAAAUACCUCCUACAAAGGAAUACAAUAAAGUUAUUGUUCAAAAACAAUUCUUGGACACUUGAAUAAAGAUGUUAUUAAUGAAGUUUA